AUGGAUCAGAGUGUGGAAGAGCUAUUUGGAGCAUUGCGAGAUGCUAGUGUGAGCCUGAAAGCAAGAAGCUCAUCGAAAGAGGAAGGUUCAUUCGAACAAGACGAUGUUUUGCAGAUAGACAAGAACGACGAUGGAGUAGACACCGAAAGCAAGUUCCAAGAGAUCGAAGCCAAUUUAAAGAAACUCCCCAAGUUGGAAAACGGAUUCGAUGCCCUAGCCAAGAAAAAGACGAAGAAGGGCAAGUUGCCCAGUAUCGAGAUAGAGGAAGGAAACACUAAGAAGAGUAAGAAGGAUGACAGCGACUGGUUCGCCUUACCCAAGCCGGAUGACAACAUGCGCCGUGAAGUCCAGCGAGAUUUGCUACUGAUUAAGCAUAGAGCCGCCCUGGACCCAAAGAGACACUACAAGAAGCAGCGUUGGGAGGUCCCAGAAAGGUUUGCCAUUGGUACUAUAGUCGAAGACAAGACCGAGUUUUAUAGUAGUCGUAUGAACAAGAAGGAAAGAAAGUCCACCAUCCUAGAAACGCUCAUGGGUGAUGAUACCUCCAACAAGUACUUCAAGCGUAAGUAUACCGAAAUUCAGGAGAAGGCCACUAGUGGCAGAAAGGCACAUUUCAAGAAAAUGAAGGAAAUGAGGAAGAAACGCAAAUGA